CCAAAAUUUUCAUCCAAUAAAAAGAAAAAGCCUCAACACUUGAAAUUCUAAAAAGGAAAAGAAAAUCUAGAACCCUACAAACCCACUCAUAAUACUAUAAACUUCCAAUAAAAAGUAACUGUGUCUUUCAUUUAAAGUCUUCAUCACUUGCUCCUCUAUCUUGGUUUGUGUGUGUUUAUAUAUAUGGCUGACCCCAAUAAUCCUACCAACGUGCCUCAAUUAAACCAGUCUUCCCCGCGACCCGUACCAUUAUCCUUAGACCAACAUUCCCUCAUCACAACAAAUAGUCACACGUGCCAGAACCCAUCUCCCAACGUGUCACGGAUUACCUCCUCCUACUCCUCGGAAAGCCACUAUGGCCUCAGCUUCCUCGCCCUCUGGGAAACACCCAUUGUAUCAUGGAAUCCGGCGCCGUAGCGGCAAAUGGGUGUCUGAAAUCCGUGAACCGCGCAAAACUACUCGCAUAUGGCUGGGUACAUACCCAACGCCGGAAAUGGCUGCUGCUGCCUAUGAUGUGGGUGCGCUAACCCUAAAAGGUGCGGAGGCUUUUGUUAACUUCCCUGCCUCUGUUGCUUCUUAUCCGCUUCCUGCUUCUAUAUUAUCGGCUGAUAUACGUAAAGCGGCUGCCGCUGCUGCUUUACUUAAAAAGGCGGAAAGUAAAGGUAUUGAGAUUGAUCUAGGAUCAGGUCAUCCUCAUCCUGCCAAAAAAGAAGAAAUGACGUCGACAGAAGAAUAUAUGGACAAGGAUGUCUUUCUAAACCUUCCUAAUUUGCUGGUGGACAUGGCGGAGGGACUGCUGGUGUCGCCACUAAGAUUAAGCUCGACGCCAUCGGAUGAUUCGCCGGGGAAUUCCGAUGGAGAAAGCUUGUGGAGCUAUUGAAUGAUUUCAUUCAUUUUUCUAAUAAUGCUGCUAGAUCUUAGAUAUCCUGUUUUUGGUGUUUUCGGUUUCACACAAGGACAUGAGUAGGACUUGACAGCAUCUGAUUCAGCUUUGAGCAUAAAUUUGUCGGUCUUUGAAAAAAGAAAAAAGAUAAUGUUAAACAGAAACAAAUAUGAAAGAUGAAUAAGGAAAUUUUAUGAGUAUGACUGUUAGAAUUAAGUGACCCAAAUUCUUAUUUAAAUAAAAUACGAUGGAAAAUAAAAUAAAAGUAAAA